ACAAUUAUAAACUGAAAAAAAACAAUAUAAGUUUAUAAUGUAGUUUGUGGAUAAUUUCCUGAUUGUGUCACGUUUACUGCCAAAAUAUAUAUUCCAUAAAGUCAGACUUCAUUUGAGUAAAAAAAAAACUGCAGCGUUCAGGUGCGUCAAAGUUGGAGUUUACGCAUUUCUCUCAAACGCAGCACUAUAGUACUUGGCUCAAUGAGCUCUGUGUUCGACUGGUUGUGCUGGCUGCUGUUUGCUGACCACGCCCAUGUCGGUAAGACUCCGUAGAAAUGAGCUCACACUGUCCCACAAAGACAACUUUAGAAGCAGACAGUAAUGGAGUCUCGGGAGGACGACUGUCCUUUUUGCCGGAUAACAAACAACGAGACGGACACAGAAAUCCUGCUCAGUGUAAGUAACACGCUCCUCACAAAUGAGACUGAUAAACAUGAACUGUUGGAUAUUCCUGACUCCACCUCUGUCUCCGAACAGGACGAUCAGCUGGUGUGUUUUCGUGACCUGAAACCGGGGGCUGCUCAUCACUACCUCAUCGUCCCCAGGAGACACAUUGACACCUGUAAAUCUCUGCAGGCGGACGAUGUCCCUCUAGUGGAGCAGAUGCAACAAAUGGGAAUGAAAAUGCUGGAGAAGAAUAAAGUCUGCGACCUAGACGACGUCAGGCUGGGCUUUCAUCUGCCUCCCUUCUCCUCUGUUCCCCACCUGCACCUCCAUGCUCUGGCUCCAGCCAGUCAGAUGGUAUUCAGGUCACAGCUGCACUAUGGCCCAAAAUCUCACUGGUUCAUCACAGUGGACAAAGUGCUGUCUCAGCUGAAGACUCAAGGCAGGGUCAAAUAACGUGAAAUACUAAAAGUGUUUGAUAUUUAUGUCAGUACUGGUCAUUUAGCCUCACUGAGUGAGAUUUAAUACCCGUUCUUUAGGUGACUUACAGUGUUUUGCAUCGGCGCUGUAAAAUUUGGGACAUUUCUGUGCACAUGCUUAAUAAAUGCCCCUUUUUAAACUAAUGUAAUAAAAGAUAUCAGUUUGAAAGUCAUAUAAAUUAGAUGGUAUUUAAUUGAAUAAUUAAAAUAGAACUUUGCACAUUCAUGUACAAACCUAUUUUGUUUCUUUGUGUUUAUGAAGUAGAUCGUUUGAAAAAGCUGCUUACAGGGUUUGAUAUCUUGUGCCAUAACUUGAUUUUAAUGUGAAAAUAAUGUAUAUAUAAUAUUAAAUAAAAUGCCUUAAGAAUAAUCAUGUGGUCAUCUUUGACAAAGUCUUUCUACCACUUCACAGACACAGACUCACACUUGAGAACACAAACAUUAGAUUAGCAUGAGAAUACUGGAGGUCUAAAUGGGCGUGAUUGAAACAAACAUGGGUACAAGGGUUUUCUUUAUUAAUUUAAUUAUUUACUGUUAAUACCGGUCAAGAUUCGAUUUGAGAUCAUGUUAAUUGACAGUGUGUGCACAUCAGGGGGGUAUUUUUUUCUAAAAUAAUGUAAGAAAAUGCUGAUUUGUCCUUCACUCAGCAGUUACUUCUGUAUUUUGGUCCUUCACCCAUGUCACUUCCACUUUUUUGCCACUAGAUGCCACUGUUGUAACUUGAAACUCACAGAGUUGUCACAUGCACCAAAAAAGCUUCAUAUAA